GCAAAGUACGACAGAAGCUCUCAGUUUGAAAUUAAGAUGAGAUUACGUGUUGUCGUACAACAAAUUAUUUUGACACCAUUCUGUCUUCCUUCUACUCUGGUUACAGAGCCAAUUAUAUCCCUAAACUCAUGGGAAAAAGAAAUGUUUUUGUAAUUGGAAGCUAUUAUGGAAGAGGAUUUAAGUCUAUCUCAUAGCUGCACACCACCCGAACCACCAGUUCGAUCUUCCAGCACUAUGCAUCGACAUCCCUUGAAGGUUGCACCCAAAAAGCCACUCCCAGAUCUGCCAAAGAAAUCAGGAAGAAGCAGAAUUAGAUUAUUCAGGUUACCUAAGCUGACUAGUGAUCCGAAAAUUUCUUCUCCGUUAUGUGUUAGUCAUGAACUACACGUGGUCUACGAUGAAAAUACCGGAGAAUUCAGAGGAAUGCCUGAGGAGUGGUUGGAAUGGUUACAUGCCGCCAAUAUAUCAUUUCAAGAGCGUGAGCAAAACCCAGAGCUCGUUAUCGAAGUUUUGCAGUGUUACGAUACGGCUAAACAUCGGGCUAGGAGACAAAAGUUUAUUAUGACGGAAGAACAUUGCUGGGAAAAUUUUGAAAAUACCACUUCAUGCGUAUGCCAUCAGUUCAUAAAUAAUGAAGUUUCUGCUAAUCAUAGAUGUAGAAACUUUCAACAUAAUUCAACUGAUUCAACUUCUUCAAAUGCAAUAUCUGGGGAUUCACCAUGUUCUGAUCUUUCUAUUCCUAAUUCAUGUCAAUUUUCUUGUACGUCAACAACAAAAGAUAUUCCACCAACAGCACCACGACGACCACCACCUGUUCCACCUCAUUAUUCCGUUACUCAUCGACAGGAUGGAGACAAGAAUUUAGAAAUAGAUAAAAAUAAUAAUGAAGUUCUAACUACUGAACGAACAAAAUCUGACUCGUAUUUGGAACAGAAAUCGCUAUCUGGAAAUGAUAUUUGUUUUGUCGAUGCUAAUGUAGAUUCGGAACAUGAAUCAAUAUCCUUUCAGAUUUUAAAUCUUCACCACCGUUUUAAGGCUUCAAAUGAAUGUAUUGACUGUGAAUCCAUCCGCAGUUAUUCCAAUAUAUUUUAUAGCUCACUGCCAUUAGAUGAAAUAAAAGAGCCAGAAAAACUAGAUCGAAAGGAAUCAGCUUUUCAAGUCAUUGAUCAUGCUAAUGACAAUGAUGAAAAAUCUGAUAAGAAAAGUACAUGUGAAACAGAUUUGUGCACAGAGCAGACAUUCAAUAAUGCUUUGCUUGGAAGUAGUCUUGAUGAAACGAGUAGAUUCAUAAUCGAGGAGGAGCCUUACGGUGUGGAAGAAAUCGACGUUUACGAAUCAGAAAAAGUGUCUGAUAUUAUAUCUACUAAUAGGACAUGUCAGCCUGUCACUGAGAUGGAGAUUAGUUCACAAAAUCAUUUAUCUUUAAUAAGUUCAACUAAUUGGCAAAUAUUUUGUUGUAUUAGCGAAGCGGCAUUUACGUCAAAUAUCACAGAUUCAUCAUCAACUGGUCUGCAGAUUUGCUUGGCUCAACCAGAAUUGGAUGAAGAUACUCAUCUAACUGAAUCAAUACAAGCUGAUCAAAACGCGUCACAUACUCCCGAAGCUACCCAAAAGCCUAUAUUUCCUGAUAACAGUUCAAAUGUUUCACAAUCAACUUCAUCCAUUGAACUGAAAAGCAUAUCUGAAAUGUUAUCAAAUGACGAAAACAUAACCACUACCUCUGAACUCCAAACGGAAUCAGUUGGUCCACAAAGAGGCCGUACUAUUACAAGAUGCAAUGUUAUUCAAAGUAGAACAAAGCGCUCUGCAGUUCACUCAGGAAGACAGUCAGCAGCGAGCUUGAAGAACUCUCCUAAACUUCUGGCUAUCAACAAAAAUCUGGAACCCUCAAUUACUCCCAGUGACACAAGCUUUCCAGAUGAUGGGACCGAGUUUCAAAACCCUAAUCCCCCAGUUUGUCUAGUUUCUCGGCAUUCCCCAAGUUGUCGUAGCAGAAUUCGUAUGCGUGAUGAACAAAUUAUUGCUAGGUUAAGGACAAUUGUUAGUCGGGGUAAACCGUCAGAGAAAUAUGAAACCCUUGGACGUAUUGGUCAUGGAGCUUCGGGUGUUGUUUAUAUCGGUCGAGAACUUCAGUCUGGAUGUCGUGUAGCUAUUAAACAGAUGAGUCUACGACAACAACCUAGAAAAGAAUUAAUCCUCAACGAAAUUUUGGUUAUGAGAACAUAUCGAAAUCCAAAUGUAGUCAAUUACUUAGAUAGUUAUUUACUAGGAGAUGAAUUAUGGGUCGUGAUGGAAUAUUUAGAUGGUGGUUCAUUAACUGAUGUCAUUACAGAAACAUGUAUGAAUGAAUCACAUAUUGCUACAGUUUGUCGUGAAACUUUACAAGCUUUAAAAUUUUUGCAUAGCAAACAUGUAAUACAUCGUGAUAUAAAGUCUGAUAAUAUACUCUUAGGACUAGAUGGUUCUGUAAAAUUAACAGAUUUUGGAUUUUGUGCACAAUUAUCUGCUAAAAAUGAUGAUUUUAAACGAACUACAAUGGUUGGUACACCUUAUUGGAUGGCACCUGAAGUAGUAAGCAGAAAACAAUAUGGUCAUAAAAUUGAUAUUUGGUCAUUAGGUAUAAUGACAUUAGAAAUGCUAGAAGGUGAACCACCUUAUUUAAGUGAAAAUCCUUUAAAAGCAUUAUAUUUAAUAGCAACUAAUGGUAAACCAAAUUUUCGUAAAGAUAAUCUUAGUCCAGAAUUAUUAAACUUUCUUGACAGAUGUUUAGAAGUGGAUGCUCAAUCUCGUGCUAAUGCAUCUGAACUAAUUGAACACCCGUUCAUACAACAGAAUGCUCGCCCAGUGAUAACUUUGAUUCCACUCAUCUUAUUAGCACAAGAACAAGCUCGUUCUGUUACAGAAUCAUAAAUCUUUGAGCCUAUUAAAUUGUGUAAAUCUAUAAUUCUGGUUCGACGUUUGUGUAUAAAAAAAAGGGUUACAGAAUACUCAACCGUAUUUAAAAAAACACCACUGCUUGUACGUAUAGAUUGCAUUUUCAGUUCUAAAUAAUAUGUUCAAGAAAUUUUCUCACUUUAUCAGUGAUAUCACUGCUCCCAUUAUUUUACAUUUCAGUUAUUGUAAAGAUUGAUUUCUGUUUUGCUUCAUACUUUCUUAUAAUGCCAAUAAUAAACGAGCUGCGCUUCUACUAUUUUUUGUUCAGUAUCUUAUACGCUAUAUUGCUAGAGUUCCUCGAUUUAUUUGUUUGAUUAUACGAAAAGAUGAUGAUGAACACUGGAUUUUUAUAUUGUAUAUUUGACUGUUGUUACAUUACUGCUUUUGUGAUCAAUCUAAACAAAAACAAAAAACACUUAUAACCGAUUAUCAUAUUUUUUUAAUAUGAAAACAAACGUUUUUUUUCUUAAAUAUUACCUUGCACUAACAUCACUUAUUUAACUGUAAAAGAAAGAAUGAAUUAAAACAAAAAUUGCCUUAUAAAGACACAUUUAUUUACUCAAAUUAAUUUUAUAAGGUGGACUUUUAUUCAUUAGACAACUAUUUAGUUAUUCCUUUGAAUUUUGUUAUUUUAAUUCAUGCUUCCCUCUGUGUAAUUUCAUUUGGAAACUUACAUCGAUGUCUAUGUCUUGUAUACAGACAAAAAUAUAUUAAGUUAAAUUUAGCAUAAUACAAAAAAACUGAAUGAUAGUUGCCAGAAGUAACCAUUAUAUUUAUCAUUUUAUUAUUAUUAUUCAUUCCAAACAGAAUAAUUAUUUCCAUAUAAUUUAAAAAGAUUUCAUUGUAUAAUCGAAAUUGAUUUUAUCAGUUUCUGAAUACACGUUACAUAAACUACUAUUAUUAUUGUGUCAUUAAUAGUAACAAUUGUAUUCUAUUUUUUUUUGCCAAUUAAAAUUCUCGCUUAGUGACUAUUCGUUAUAAUCAUGUUUCAUAUAUGAUAGACAAUUUGUACAGUAUUAUUUUCAUUUCUAUGAAAUCAUUAGAAUGGGGAAAACAACUCUUAAUUUAUUC